AUGAGGUUCAAAUACUCCUCCCUGGCAAUGACGCCAUUGCUUCUGGGUGUCCUCCCAUUAGCACAAGCAACUUGCUCAGCUAAGAAUACGUCAGCAAGUCGCAUUGCUAAAGCGGUGCGCAGGUAUACAGGUGGCCGCUCUCUCGGUAACGCUAGUCAUAAUGUUUACGAAACUGAUUUUGACGGUGUGACCUGGGAUGAGGAUAAUUGGCUUCUUUCAACCACAAAUCUGGACCAGGGCCAAUUCGAAACCAGGGGUUCUGUGGCCAACGGCUACCUGGGCAUCAACGUUGCUAGUGUUGGGCCAUUCUUCGAAGUCGAUUCAGUUGACGACGGCGGCGACGGAAUUAGUGGCUGGCCUUUGUACUCUCGCCGACAGUCAUUUGCAACUAUCAGCGGAUUUUUUGAUGCUCAGGCCAACACUAAUUCUUCGAAUUACCCCUGGCUGUCUCAAUAUGGUUGGGACAGUGUCAUCAGUGGUGUUCCACACUGGAGUGGUUUGAUCCUGGACCUUGGUGAUGACACCUAUCUGGAUGCUACUGUUGAUAAUGCUACCAUCUCCAAUUUCCGUUCCACAUAUGAUUUCAAGGCGGGCUUACUGCUAUGGUCAUACACGUGGUCGCCUGAGGACAGUGAUGGCUCAUUCGAUAUCACCUAUCGGCUCUUUAUUCACAAGCUUUACAUCAACCAGGCCUUUGUAGAUAUGGAGAUUGUGUCGACCACUGACACCAAUGCUACUGUGGUGAAUGUUCUGGAUGGAGAGUCCGCUGUUCGUUCAGACUUCGUGGAUUCCGGUGUGGAUAGCAACGCAAUCUACUCUGCCGUGAGCCCGAAUGGAGUUGCCAAUGUCACAGCUUACAUCUAUGCGAACAUCACUGGAAACCAAUAUGUGGAUCUGUCCUCGCGAAAGAUUGUCACUGACAAACCAUAUGUCAGCUCUAAGAACUCAUCCAUUGCGCAGGCUGUUACUGUUAACCUGAAGGCAGGCAAGAUUGCCCAUGUCAGGAAGUUUGUCGGUGGAGCUUCAUCCGAUUCAUUCAAAGACCCACAGCGGGUUGCCAAGAAUGCAGCGUCUACUGCUCUUCGCAAUGGAUAUGCCAGAUCCCUGCGAUCGCAUGUCACUGAAUGGGCGAGUGUCAUGCCUGACGACUCUGUUGAUCGUUAUACGUACCCCAAUGGUACCUUGCCCGAUGACACUCUCAUCAUCGAUUCUGCGGUAAUCGCUGUGGCAAAUACCUAUUACCUUCUGCAGAAUACUGUCGGGAAUAAAGCAAUCAAUUCUUCAUCGGGCACUAAUCUCAACACCGACAGCAUCUCUGUUGGUGGCUUGACGUCCGAUUCUUAUGCCGGACAGGUCUUUUGGGAUGCCGAUCUCUGGAUGCAGCCAGGCCUGUCAACCUCUCACCCAGAAUCCGCACAGCGUAUCACAAACUAUCGCCGGAAGUUGUUUGGACAGGCUCAGGAAAACAUCAACACUUCUUUCGCCGGUUCCCAGAAUAAGACUCAAUUUUCCUCCGCUGCCGCUAUUUAUCCCUGGACUAGCGGACGGUAUGGCAACUGCACAGCUACUGGCCCAUGCUGGGAUUAUGAAUAUCACUUAAGCGGAGACAUUGGUUUGUCAUUUAUCAACCAGUGGGUCACUACUGGCGACACUCAAUUCUUCAAAGAGAGCCUCUUCCCGAUUUAUGACGCCGUGUCCACGUUAUAUGCAGACCUGUUGAAGCCAAAUGGUUCUUACUGGACUUUGACCAACAUGACUGACCCUGAUGAGUACGCAAACCAAGUCGAUGCUGGUGGCUUCACUAUGCCUCUCAUUGCACAGACGCUGGGCUAUGCCAAUGACUUCCGCCAGCAGUUCGGACUGGAGGAGAAUUCUACCUGGGAUGAAUUAGCAUCAAAUGUGUUGGUCCUUCGUGAGAACGGGGUGACACUCGAGUUUACAACUAUGAACGGAAGUGCGGUGGUCAAGCAGGCUGACGUGGUCCUUAAUACAUUCCCUCUUGACUAUACGACAAACUACACCACCGAAGACUCCGUGAACGAUUUGGACUAUUACGCUGCUAAGCAAUCCUCUGAUGGGCCUGCCAUGACUUGGGCAAUUUUCUCUAUUAUCGCCAACGAGAUAUACGAGUCCGGAUGCUCAGCCUUCACAUAUGCUCAGUAUGCCUAUAAACCUUAUACUCGGGCUCCAUUCUUCCAAAUGUCUGAGCAGCUCAUUGAUAACUCCACCACAAACGGCGGCACUCAUCCUGCAUUCCCCUUCCUUACCGGACAUGGUGGAUCCAACCAAGUUGUUCUCUUCGGUUACCUGGGAUUGCGACUGCUACCGGACGACAUCUUGCACAUAGACCCCAACCUUCCACCCCAGAUCCCCUAUCUUCAGUAUCGCACAUUCUACUGGCGUGGAUGGCCAAUCUCUGCAUGGUCCAACUAUACCCACACCACGAUCAGCCGGGCCUGCAAUACCGCUCCACUUGCUACCGCGGAUCGUCGCUUCGCAAAGAAGGCAAUCACCAUCAGCUCGGGCUCUGAUUCAAACUCAACAAACUAUCGUCUCCCUGUCCAAGGCUCCGUAGUUAUUCCUAAUCGCCAGGUUGGUUCUUCCAACACGAUUGCAGGAAACCUUGUGCAGUGCCAACCUGUCGACUCGCUGGAUUCCUAUGAACCAGGCCAAUUCCCAAUCUCAGCAAUUGAUGGCGCAUCUACUACCAAAUGGCAACCCUCGUUAGCUGCAAACUGGUCCUCUAUCACUGUCUCUCUUGGCGAUGAGGCCGGAUCUUUGGUAACAGGAUUCUAUUUCGACUGGGCUCAGGCGCCGCCCGUGAACGCGACCGUGAUCUUCCACAAUGCCAGUGAUGCCGCGGCUGCCUUCUCUCCGUCUAAUGAGGAUGGUCACUACAGUGUGACGAGUGCAAUGACAAAUCUCUCCAUCUCCAACCCUUACGAUGCGAAGGUGGCUAAUGAAGUUGUUGCGCCCACGAGCAACACAACCAAUGUGACUCUGUCCAGCCCAGUCUUUGCGGCGAAGUACGCAUCUCUGUUCAUUAUUGGAAACCAGGACCUUGAUGCGGUUGAUGUCCUUUACAAGAAUGGAACUGGCGCUACGGUCGCUGAGUGGGCUAUUCUCGGAGAGAGCCAGUCCAGCAAUGGGACAUCAACCGCUCAUCUCAAGAAGAGAAAGUUGAACGUCCGUGCCGCUUCAGCUAUUUCAGAAUCGGGUGAGAUGAUGCGUCGUCGCCACCAGUUUCUUCCCCAAAAUUAA